AUGCCUCGUGGUCAGAAGAGUAAGCUCCGUGCCCGUGAGAAACGCCGCAAGGCUCGAGAUGAGAUCCAGAAUCUUGGUGCUCAGGCUGCUGCAGCAGAGAAAGAAGAGUCAGCUGCUUCUUCCUCUUCUGCUUUGGGGAGUACUCCCCCCAGCUCCCUUGCUGCAGGUGCUUCAUGCACAAAAUCUAAGAAAUGUGGCAAGAGCAAACGUCAGGAGAGAAAAAUGGCCUCCCAGGCUGCAGCUGCCGCUGAGAGAGCACAAAGAGAUCCUAUAAUCAGGAAGGCAGGGAUCUUGGUGCAGUUCAUGCUGUACAAGUAUAAAAUGCAAGAGCCCAUUACAAAGGUAGAAAUGCUGAAGGUUGUCCACAAAAGGUACAGGGAGCAUUUCCCUGAGAUCUUCAAGAGAGCUUCUGAGCGUGUGCAGCUGGUCUUUGGUCUUGACCUGAAGGAAGUCAACCCUGGUGGUCAGUCCUACACCCUUGUCAGCAAGCUAGACUUCGAGGAUGAUGGAAGUCUGAGCAGUCUCUGGAGCUUUCCCAAGAAUGGGCUUCUGAUGCCUCUCUUGGGUGUGAUCUUCUUAAAUGGUAAUUCUGCCUCCGAGGAAGAGAUCUGGGAAUUCCUGAAUAUUCUGGGGGUCUAUGAUGGGAAGAAGCACUUCAUCUUUGGGGAGCCCCGACAGCUUAUCACCGAAGAGCUGGUGCAGGAUGAGUACCUGGUGUACCAGCAGGUGCCCAACAGUGAUCCUCCGCGCUUUGAAUUCCUGUGGGGUCCCAGAGCUCACGCAGAAACCAGCAAGAUGAAAGUCCUGGAGUUUCUGGCCAAGAUCAACGAUACCGUCCCCAGUGCCUUUCCUUCCCAUUAUGAGGAGGCUUUGAAAGAAGAGCAAGAGAAAUGUGGAGCCGAAGCUGCAGCAGAGCCCAGCACCUCUUCUGAAGCUAGAGGGCGUUCUAGGGCCAGACGCAGCAGCUCCUCCCGCCGCUAG